AAUGUGGGGUCAAGUUAACAGCUACCCUUUGGCGGGGCAUUGGGCUACACCAACUUAACUCGUCUGAUAACUGCUAAACGAAGUUAAGGCAUCCGUUACAGGUUUAAAACAGCUACAAAGGGGCUUUUACCUAUUAGCAAACUCAAACAAAGCUUCACAAUGGCGUCGGAAUCACGACUGUAUACCUUCUCUGGAGAGUCAAAGGACCACCUCCGCAAGUUUAGACUUACUACUUCUCGGGCCAAGGGUCCCCAAGCUGUUAUUUACCUGAUCGAUAAGAACACUUACGAAAUCCGACAAGACGAAGACAAGACCGUUUAUACUUCCCUCGAAGAUAUUGGCGAUGACCUCCCCGAUCAUGCGCCUCGAUUCAUCCUCCUGAGCUACCCUCUCACCAUGGGUGAUGGACGCUUGUCUGUGCCAUACGUACUUAUCUUCUACCUCCCGGUUACCUGCAACGCCGAGAUCAGAAUGCUCUACGCAGGCGCCAAGGAGCUGAUGCGCAACACGGCCGAGGUUGGACGAAUUAUUGAUAUAGAGACAGCGGAAGAUUUGGAAGAGAUUCCUGACAAGCUCAAGUCAGAGUAAUCAAGGAGCAGACACAAGAAAGGAAACACGGCGUGGCAGCGAAAU